AUGGCAACGGGCCUGAUUGGGAACAUUAACGCAUAUGACAGCAAUGUUGAAACAUGGACUUCCUACCAGGAACGACUUGAACAGUACUUUGUGGUCAAUGACAUCGAUAAUGAACGAAAAGUGGCAGGACUUUUAACGCUCUUCGGUGAAAAGACGUACGGGUUGUUAAGGAACCUUACCGUACCAGCAAAGCCGUCCGAGAAAUCGUAUGAGGAACUUUGUCAGCUUUUACAAACUCAUUUGUGCCCGAAACCGUUAAUAAUCGCGGAGCGAUUCCGAUUUCACAAGAGGAAACAAGCAGUGGGCGAAAGUGUGAGUUGUUACGUAACUUCACUUCAGAAGUUGGCAAAAUUCUGUGAGUUCGGAUCGAACUUGAACGAUUCUUUAAGGGACAGGUUCGUUUGUGGACUUAAAGAUGCAGGAACACAGCGAAGAUUAUUGUCAAUCGCUGAUUUAACACUGCAAAAUGCCAUAGAAAUAGCGCUUGCCAUGGAAGCUGCACAUAAGGACGCCGCCGAGUUACAGUUAUCGGCAGCCGCCGAUGUGCCUGUCAAUCGAGUUGGACAUUCAACAAAACCCAAGAAAUGGAAGCAGCACAAACAUGCCAAAGAGAGCAGCAAGUGCAUCCAUUGUGGGAAAACUAACCACCCCUCCGAAAAAUGCAGACUGAAAGAUGCAGUUUGUCAUCACUGUAAAGCAAAGGGACAUAUAAAGGCUAUAUGUAGGAAGCUUAAGUCGGUGCAGUGUAUGGAGGAAAACGUUUCAGUGAUCAACACUGUGAAUAAAGGAGACAACGGGAAAUUCAUCGUUAAGCCGAUAUUUAACGAUGUCGAGGUACCCAUGGAGCUUGAUACAGGAUCAGCAGUUACCCUCAUAUCAAACAAGGAUUUCCGAAAACGAUUCGGAAAUAUGAGGCUCGAUCCUGCUUUUUCCAUACUGAAGACAUAUUCAGGCGAUGUCAUAGAGCAACAAGGGACAGUUAUGGUGCAUGUCAGUUACAAUGGACAAUCGCGAACAAUGCGACUUUGCGUCGUGAAAGGUGAUGGGCCUGCACUGUUCGGAAGGGACUGGCUGAGUCACAUCAAACUGGACUGGGACACACUUUUUAACGUGAACUCUGUAACAACGGAAGGCCUGAAGGUACGUCUAAAUUCUAUACUUGAAAAACAUAAAGACGUGUUUAGUGACGGUAUAGGACAGGUGAAGGGCAUUAAGGCAAGGCUCACCCUAAAUGAAAAUGCUCAGCCUAAAUUCAUAAAGGCUAGGCCGGUACCAUACUCUAUUAAGCCAAAAAUAGAGAAAGAACUGGACAGUCUCGAGAGUCAAGGAAUCAUCUCGAAAGUGGACACCAGUGAAUGGGCAACACCGAUCGUUCCUGUCGUAAAAGGAAACGGCGAUGUGAGAAAUUGCGGUGAUUUUAAGGUUACCGUAAAUCAAUCAAUCAAGGUUGAUAGAUAUCCUCUCCGAAGAAUCGAGGACGUUUUCGCCAAUCUGUCAAAUGGGCGAAAAUACAGCAAGCUUGAUAUACGACAAGCGUACCUACAACUAGAAUGCGAGGACGAAACCAAGGAGUUGCUAACGAUCAACACCCACCGAGGAUUGUACCGUUACAACCGGAUGCUAUAUGGGGUUUCUUCUGCUCCAGCUAUAUUGCAACGCACAAUGGACCAACUUCUUCAAGGAAUCCCUGGGGUGCAGUGCAUGCUGGAUGAUAUGGUGAUUACUGGUAAAAGUGAUAAUGUGCAUUAG